AUGGGCAAAUUUAAAAUCAGUAGGGAUUAUCUGCCGCAUAGGGGAAAUAAGUCGGAGAGUGCCUUAGGGGGCAAAACGAAUGAUGAUCAAAGGGGGGUGUUAAAAAAGCCAUUAAGUGAGCCAUUGACGGAGCCACCCCUUUCACGUAACGGAAUAAAAAAAGCACCCUCGUCCAAGUCCCAUUUCGAAGAAAACCACAGCAGGAGUGAAAAACGAACCCCAUUUCGAAGCGGUGAAAAGAACGCACAGUUGCGAUGUAGAAGCUACCUACGCGAUAAGGUGCCCAUGAAAGACGGAGCUGCUCUUUCUAGUAAAAACACAAGUGUGACAAAUAGCAUAGCUUCGGCGAAUUCUUAUAAAGCAGAAGAUUCUUUUGAAAAAUUUUUUCAAAUGAGCAGAGAAGCAAAGCAGGAACUAUCCGAACAUGUAAAUAAAUUAUUAAGCCAUGCAAAUGAGUCGGAUCGGUUCGAGACCCCCAGGAAAAAUAAUCCCGAAGCGGACAAACGCAGCGACCAGAUGAACAAAAAAAGGAACAACACCAAACGGUCAAAAAAAAAAAGUAAAAAAAAUAAAACAGCCACGCAUGAUCAAGAUGAUGUGUAUGAAAAUUUCACAAAAUUGAAAACAUUAUACGAUGGGGCAAAUGAAGCCACUUCCUAUUUUAUGACAAACGUAUUCAAUAAAAAGAAAAAUAUUGAAAAGAAUAUCGUGCAGUAUGAUGAUUUGUUGUCUAAGCAUAGUGAGAACUUCUUUAAAAGGUUUGAGCUUUUCGAGCAAGAGGAGGAGUCCAUGGAUGAAGCCGAAACAGGAAUCAGCCUUGUGGAUAACAUAUGUGAGUACUUCACCUACGUGAUGUUCUUAACGUUGAACAGGUGA